GCCCCGGUCCGGCCCAGCCCCGCGCGGUAAGAUGGCGGCGACGGCGGCGGCAGCGGCGGCUGAGGCCGAGUGCGAUGUGGUCAUGGCGGCGCCCGACGGGCCCGGCGAGACCGACAGCGACGAGGAGGCGCGCAGAGAAGCAGAAGCAUUCAAGGAGCAGGGAAAUGCGUACUAUGCCAAGAAAGAUUACAACGAAGCUUACAACUACUACACAAAAGCCAUAGAUACAUGUCCCAAUAAUGCCAGUUAUUAUGGGAACAGAGCUGCUACACUCAUGAUGUUGGGGAGGUUCCGAGAAGCACUGGAGGAUGCUCAGCAGUCGGUCAGGUUGGAUGACAGCUUUGUACGGGGCCAUCUCCGGGAAGGGAAGUGCCACCUUUCCCUAGGGAAUGCCAUGGCUGCCAGCCGCUGCUUUCAACGAGUUUUAGAACUGGAUCAUAAGAAUACUCAGGCACAGCAGGAGCUGAAGAAUGCCACGACUGUGCUUGAGUAUGAAAAAAUAGCUGAAGUGGAUUUUGAGAAACGGGAUUUCAGGAAGGUUGUGUUUUGCAUGGAUCGUGCUUUGGAGUUUGCUCCUGCGUGUCACCGGUUCAAAAUCCUCAAGGCUGAGUGUUUGGCGCUGCUGGGCCGGUACCCUGAGGCACAGUCCGUGGCCAGUGAUAUCCUGCGGAUGGACUCGACCAAUGCCGACGCGCUGUACGUGCGUGGGCUGUGCCUGUACUACGAGGACUGCAUCGAGAAGGCCGUGCAGUUCUUUGUGCAGGCCCUCAGGAUGGCCCCUGACCACGAGAAGGCCUGUCUUGCCUGCCGGAAUGCCAAAGCACUUAAAGCGAAGAAGGAAGACGGGAAUAAAGCGUUCAAGAAAGGCAACUACAAACUAGCAUAUGAACUGUACACAGAGGCACUAGGAAUAGACCCAAAUAAUAUCAAAACGAAUGCCAAACUCUACUGCAACAGGGGGACGGUUAAUUCAAAGCUUAGGAAACUUGAAGAAGCAAUUGACGACUGCACGAACGCGGUGAAGCUGGACGACACAUACGUCAAAGCCUACCUGAGGAGGGCACAGUGUUACAUGGACACAGAACAGUAUGAAGAUGCUGUAAGAGACUAUGAGAAGGUUUAUCAGACAGAGAAAACGAAAGAACACAAGCAGCUCCUAAAGAAUGCACAGGUGGAACUGAAAAAGAGCAAACGGAAAGACUACUACAAAAUCCUGGGGGUGGACAAAAACGCCUCUGAAGAUGAGAUCAAGAAGGCUUACAGGAAACGAGCACUAAUGCACCAUCCAGACCGACACAGUGGAGCAAGUGCAGAAGUACAGAAGGAAGAAGAGAAGAAAUUUAAGGAGGUUGGUGAAGCCUUUACCAUCCUGUCAGAUCCCAAGAAGAAGGCCCGCUAUGACAGUGGGCAGGAUUUGGAAGAGGAUGGAUUGAACAUGGGAGAAUUUGAUCCAAAUAACAUCUUCAAGGCCUUCUUCAGCGGGCCAGGGGGCUUCAGUUUCGAAGCUUCUGGGCCUGGAAAUUUCUUUUUCCAGUUUGGCUAAGAAGCAAACAAACACAGAUCAAACCACACAUACCUGAUCUGCUUCUUUUAACCUCGAAUACGGACAGCCCCAGACUCCUCCUCCAUCACGUCUCGUUGUCCUUAGAGCAGUUUCAUUUCUGGGUUGGAGCCUCUGUUUGUGUGUUGUGUGUGUGAAGAGGAAACCAGCUCGGGAGGGGAAGGCUUGUGAAUUUUGUUUUACUGUUAACUUUAUUAAAAAAAAAAAAAAUAAAUAAAGCUUUGAAUCUUUUGGUCCCUCCAUGCUGGCCCGUGCUUUCAGCUGCUUCUGCCCCUCAGCACAGAGGAUUUCCUGGAAUCUUCCCAGAAUCUCCACGUGUGAGAGGGUGAAGGAAUUCCUGGUUUGUUCUGGUUGCUUCCAAAGCAGCAUGUCCAGGGUUUGGAGUAACUUUUAAGUUACCUUAAUCUUUUGGAAAUACUACCAAGGCUCAAUCCAGUUUCGUACAAUCCCAUUUCACCUGCCGGCCUGGCUUCUUGGCUCUUUUUAUUUCUUUUUUUUUUUUUCCCCAUGGUUCUCCCAGCAAGGCCCACUUGGGCAUUAAACUUCCGUGAUAACAUGUGAGCUUACAAUUCUGUAUCAGAGAAACGCUGCUUAGAGUUUAAAGAGCAGCUUAUGUGAGAAUUCCCUGUGAUGCAGCUGGAAUUAAGGGCUUUGUGUUCCCAAGAUUGUCCUGUUUAAGGGAAUAUUGAAUUUGCUCUGGGCUGAAUUCCUUCACUGUACUUUUUUUAAUUAACCCACUUGAAUAUUUUAUAUUUGUGCUAAACUUGAUUUUUGUUGAGCUUGAUGUGUGAUUUCCUGUUACUGAUCCAUGACGUGGGUGAGUCUUUCAGUGCCAAGUGAAUUCCAGGCAGGGAUCGUGGGUGGUUCGGGAUGUGCAGCGCCGAGCUCCCGGUGUGCAGCAGCUGUGUGUUCAGUUAACCUGGUUCAAUGGUUUUCCCCUGGCAGUGAUUUACUCCUCCAAAGCAGCAAGAAAAUUCAAAGUCCAGCUCUGACCUGGCAGUCUGUACUCUUUUCUCUUGUGCAGUGUCGGGGGGGGAGCUGGAGGGAUGGAUGAGCUUCUGGCCUGGAGCCGUGUCCCAAUGGGUUUGGUGUGAGGCACUGCCCGUUAGCAGUUUGGUGUUCACAUAAAAGGUGGUGUUACAGCAGGGUCUUAGCUGGGAGAGGGCUCUGCUUCCAGAAUUCCACCCUUUUCUCUAGAGCAUGGACAGCACCUUUUUGUCCAGGUGCUCUGUGUGAGUUCAGUCCCGUCUAUGGUGGGUUCUGGAGCACAGUGCUGCCAGGCCCAGUCGUGGGAGGUUGUGCUCUGCCUGGGGUGUGAGGGGAGCAAGAGGCAGUGGGGCUAUGGCAGGAAGUCCUGGGUUGGUGCUCAGUGUGAGGGACUGUGGCCAGGAUCCUGGGCUGACCCCGGCAGCGUGGGGCUGUUGGAGGCCGGAGUUUGCUCGGACAAUGGGUGUUUGUGCACACAGGCUGGGCUGUGCCGAGAGAGACCCUCACAGUGACUCUGUAACGCCUGAUUGACCCUCCCACGGCAGAACAAACACUGCAGGGAGUUCAUUGCACGAGGUGAUCGCUGGGAAUGCCACGUCUUUGUCUUCCUCCCUCCGAGGGCUGUGUGUGUCCUUCAGCAGGAUAGGGACCGCUGUGGGGCCCCGAGGUCCCGGCGGUUCCAGCGGUGAUGUUGCCGUCACGGUCCUGCCAUGGUGUUUGGUGAGGAUUCUUGACAAUCUGCUUUCAUAGAGGGAAAAUUUAAGGGCUUAAAUUUUAGCACUGCAGAAUAGAGUAUUUUACAACUUGUUUGAAACUCAGCUUUCUAAGUGAACCAGUGCUGAGUAAUACUUUGAAAAACUCAACUCUCCCACGUUUAUUCCGACGUCCUUCACACCGGUGUGAGGGAUGGAGCCACCCAGGUGCACCGAGAGCAGCUGGGUCCUGGCACUUUUCAGGCUCUGAAAUGGUGAGUACCUGGGGAACUGAAAUACUGGUCUAUGCACAUUGAUGCUUCCUCAGCUUUCCUGGCACUGUAAAUCAGAGUUUACAAGGCCUGUUUAGUGGCAUUUUGGAUCCAUGGUGUCUCUUCCUGUGUGUGUGUUGAUGUCACCAUACAGUCUGGGCUGUUCUCAGUCUCCCAUUGCUGAGCAGAGCCAUGUCCUGUGUCUGUCAGUGGGUUUAUUCUCAUUUCCCCUUGCCCUAGGGAAGUGUGACCGGCUUCCUUCCUCCCUUCCUUCUCUCCAAGCUGAGUGAGCCCAUUCCUUGGAGCACAGGAGUGGAAUGGCUCUGCUUCUGGGAGAGAAAAUGUAUACAGCAGCUAUUUAUAACCUGUACAUGAAUGCAUGAUUUAAUGUAGUUAAAUAUUCAUAUGGUGAGUGCCAAGAUUUUCUACAGAGCGUAGUUACGUGAAUCAAAGCGAAGGCAAAUGUGUAGACCCAUGGAAUGGUUUGGGCUGGAAGGCCUUUGAAGGCCAUCGAGUCCAACCCGCUGCCAUGGGCAGGGACACCUUCCACUAGCCCAGGGUGCCCCAGGCCCUGUGCAGUCCCUGUUCCCCCUGGCACAGAGCAGGCCUGAGCAGGGCUUGGUGGCACCUGGCACCUCAGGGCAGCAGCAGUGUCCAGUGGCACAGUGACCUCCACCAUGUCCCAGCAUGGCUUGGGGAGACAAAACUCUGCUUCUUUCCAAAAAAAUGGGCUCAGCUGUGCAUUGCUUGGGGUGUUGUCUCUACACACAGUGGUUCCAGGACAUUAUCUGUGGGUUGUGGUUGUGUGUAGCUACGGGGAAGCUGAGUGCCAAUGCUCCAACCACUCGCAGCCCCACGGGAGCCACCGGCCACAGGGAUUUGCUGCAGGCACCACGAAUGAGCAUCUCCAAGCGAUGCUGUGCCUGCGCUGUUUUUAGAAGGACAAAGAGCACACGGAGGUGCAGGCAGUGGUGCUGCCAAAGGCCCAGGCAUGGUGGGAUGGACACACUUUGAUGUGGAUGGACACACUUUGGUGUGACUCUCAGCCUGGCAGCUCCUGCCCAGGGUCUCUGAGGAGGAAUGGUUGGUGCUGUGAGAGCUGCUGUGAACAAGAAGGAGCAGAGCUGCUGUGGCUGAGAGCCAGACCGGGCUAGUGUGUCAGGGGGCGUUUUCCACCAGCCGAGCUGGGAGUAGUUGCUCUGAACAGCUCAAGAACUGGCAAGUGGCUGUUGGCGUCUCUGGGAAAGUUGUGAACUACAGAAGAUGUGUGAGAAGUGUGGCUGUGGGCAGAGCUGGCGUGUGGGGGCUCUGCUGUGGGACUGCAGUAUUGGCAGGGAGAUCAGGAAUUGCGUGGCUGUUAGGCUUUCCCUUGGGUUGGAAAGCUGUGAAGUCCAUUCAGGAGGUUCUGGCCACCCUCUUAAGGCUCCUUGUUGCUCUGGCUGCACAGGAACCUACCUGGUUUGUUUUUGAUCCUGUGAGCGUUCAGUGAGCAGGAUCCCCAGUGCUGAUGACUGCUGGCUGUUGUAAAUGCAGAAAUCCAAGUUGGAAAACAGGAAAAAGACAAAUUGUUCAGGGACAAGAGUAUUAUCCAUGGAAUAGUGGGUCCCUCUGCUCUCUCUGUCUGCUGACAUACAGAGUGCAUGCUGCUGGGCUGUCAUGGUGUGACUGACACAGAGGCUGGUGCCAAUCCCUGUCCAGCCACGCUGGCCCUGGAUCUGCAGCCAUCAAACAGCCACAGGGUUGGGCCAUGUGCUGCUUUGCCAUUUCCAAAUGACUUCCUCACUUUCAGUAAUAAUUCCAGAUAUUCUCUUAUUUACAAUGGAUGGUUUUCAUCCUAUUUAAAUUUGUGCCUUGUCCUCUCCCCUCCCCUUCUCCAGGGAACAGGACAACUGUGUGCUGCACCUACCCAUGUCCCUGGAGCAGUGCUGGUCCCCAGGCAGCUGUGGCAGGGCUGUGACAGGGGCAGGUGGCAACAGCUGGUGGCUGUCCCUGCCCUUGGCUCAGGGGCCAUUGUGGGUCCCUGCAUGACUGUGGGAGCCGAUGUGAAAUGCUUUGGCCUUCUUGGCCAGGCCUGGCUCUCUCCACUCCCACCGUCAUGGAUGGGGUUAUCCCUUCUUGGAGCAGUGCUGGGCAUUUUCCCUUACCCAGAUCUGAGCUUGGAGGGACAGCUCUGGUCUAUGGCCGGGAGCUGGGACACUGCCCCUGAGCUGGAGCACCAGGGGUGGCCCAGGGGGGCAGGAUCCAUGGGGAGCCUGCAGCAGGACAAGCAGCCCGGCUGCCAUCCCAGCCUGUCCAACUGUCCCAUCCCCAUCCCCACUGUCCCUUAAUGGCUCGUGUGAACAGCGUGGUGUGAGGUGGCAUCCAAGGGGCCACGUGAGAGCACCUUGAGCCCCGCAGUGCCCGUGUGUCACAGCAUUACGGAAUAGUCAGGACAAAUCCAGGCACCGAUGCGAAGCCACUUGGAGAGGAGCUUGUCCCUGUGCUGCCGUAUUUAUCUGAAUUGGAAUUCGGAAUGUUUACCUCAGUGUACAUAGCUCAACCUUUCCCUGGGAGGAAAGGGGAAUUGCAUGGAGCAAUCACUGUCCCAUUGCUUUGCCAAACUCCUCAUCCUCUCCCAGCCGGGCUCCGCAUCGGUACCGACUGUCCCUCUUGGACCUUUCUAGGAUGUGAAUGGUAAAAAUGUGAAUAUUUGUUGUUUACUUCCUUAGCAGAACUCCUGAUGCCGUGUUUGUAUGGGAAAUCAGCCUGAGCAGACCCAUAUGCAAUCGGUUUUACUUUAUUAUAAACUGUAUAUGAUGUACAAACUAAUAAAAACUCAAACGAC